GGCUACUUGAUUAGUCCCAAAGCGAUUGCAGACCGCGACGGACCGCCGACACGAAGCUGCAGUCUAAUCCGCCAAGAAUAUGUUGCCAGACAAAAGGGCGGCUCUUCUGCUGGUGACCGCGAUCACCGCCCUCGAAUUGGUGGAAAUCACUGCCUAUAGGCGCAAUUUCGAUGCGCGACAAAGCAGCAACUCCAAUAUUCCACUGUGGAAACAGCGAGCCUGUGAGAAAUCGCAGAAGCAGCGGCAAAACGCACACUACAUUUGCGAUGAAAAGGGCGACUUUAAGUGUCUUCCUGGCUGGCAGGGUGAUCUGUGCCAGGUGCCCAUGUGUCGCAGGUCCUGUGACCCCAUGAACGGUUACUGCCAGCGACCCGGGGAAUGCAGGUGCCGCAUCGGCUACAGCGGCGAACUCUGCGACAAGUGCAUCCCGCUGCCAGGUUGCCAGCAUGGCGGAUGCACCAAGCCCUUCGAGUGCAUUUGCAAGCCCGGCUGGGCGGGACUCUUCUGCACUGAACCAAGUUGCCGUAGCGGAUGCCACAGCACCCGCGGAUAUUGCGAAGCCCCUGGGGAGUGCCGCUGCCGGAUUGGCUACGCCGGACGCACCUGCUCCGAGUGCGCCACGAUGCCGGGCUGCCAGCAUGGCACCUGCAACAAGCCGCUGGAGUGCCUCUGCCUGCCCGGCUACACCGGACUACUCUGCCAGACGCCAAUCUGCGACCCGGACUGCAGCAAGCAGCACGGAUAUUGCCGCAAGCCUGGCGAGUGCCGCUGCAAGGUGGGCUGGACGGGCAGCCAGUGCGACAAGUGCUUCCCGUAUCCGGGAUGUGCCAAUGGGGACUGCGAGGCGCCGUGGGAGUGCAACUGCCAUCCCGGCUGGGGCGGAAUGCUGUGCGACGAGAAGCUCACCUACUGCGUGGAGCAUCCGGACACGUGCGAAAACGGGGGCAAGUGCACAUCGCUGAGCCGCGAGGAUGGCAGCUACCAGUGCCAGUGCCGGCAGGGAUUUCUGGGCAAGAACUGCGAGAUACGCGAUGACUUUCUGCUGACCUCGGAGGCGCCACCGCGAAUCACACCGCCCACACCCGCCAAACUCGACCUGGAGCUUGAUGGCGCACUGGACCAGCUCGGGGAGCAGGAUGUGGGUACAGGUGUGCCCGAUGAAAAGUUGGGUGGGGAAAAGUUGGUGGCGGGUAACGAGCCGGAGCGCCGGAAAAACGACACCGCAACCGCAGGAGCUGGAGCAGGACCCAUGAAUCCAGUAGCCGGCAACGGCAACAGCAACAGCAACGCCACGAGGACGACAAUGGUGGUGGCAACUGGAACUGUCAGCCACAAUGCGACUAAUGAAGCGUUAAGCGCCGUUACAACGCGGCGUGCCACCCCGAUUCCGCCCACAUCCGGCGAAAAAGCCGUAAAGGGUGAUGCAACAAGUGUGGCGGCAGCGACUGCACCUCAGCCACGCCCCCCGCCGCCCAUCGGCGCUGGCCAGGAGCAAACAAUGGCGACUUUGGCGCCAACACCAACGGCUGCAACAGCAGCAACAUCCGUGACCAGCCACAAGGAUUCGCCAAAUGUGGCGGACGAGGAGGAGGACGAAGACGACGAGGACGACGAGGAGGAUGAGGAUGGCGAGUACGACGAGGAGGAGGAUGAGGACGAGGACGAUGAGGAGGACGACAGCGAUCAACUCAUACCAAAUAUUAUAUAGUUUAGGGCCGGACAAGUGACAAGUAAUCCCUCCUCCGUUUCUGGAUUUUAGCAUCU